UCAAAAUACGAGUGCGACAAAGGUAAUACUGACGCCAAAAAUAUCAUAAUAAUAUUAAUAAUAAUAGGGAUGAUAUUGUUAGUAUUAUUAAUAAUAAUGAUCACAAUCAAAAUCAUCUAAACUCUUUGCAUUGUUGUUAUGAUAACUAACGGAAGACUUUGGCACAAUUGCGUUCAUAACCGAGGUGGUUAGACACGCAAACGUUGCUUUGCAUUUUAGGGUUGAUAAUUAAGGCAACAUAAAAAACAUUUCAAACUAAAUACCAGUGUAUUGCUGUAUUUAUACAUGUUAAACAAUACUCAAUACGAAAGCAACGUUGCACAAUAUAACCAGUGUCUUACAGCCUUUAUGUUGACAGUUCUUUACCAGUAGCAUUUCCGGUCACUGUCUAGGACUUGACUGCGCAGCUCUGCGCUACAACAUCGAUAGCAGCCUUCGGCAUAGUAGCGCUGCUGCUUGCUGCUGCGGAUUCUCUGGGGAGAGGACAGAAAGCUACUACUGUGUUUGUAUGGACAUGCCGAGAGAUCAAGCGGUUUUCUGCCUCUCAUUUAUGCUUCCUCGCUUUAUCUGAAGGAGAACCCUGCAGAGGGAGGAAUAACAGACCCAGGAAGGAGGUGACAUGCCCUUCAAUGCUUGGCGCAUUCAGUGAGCUGAUCGCUGUCAGACUUGGACAAGGUAAAGACCGGAAUUGUGCAUCAAAAUCCUUAUUUUUAAGGCUAAAGAAGCGUGGACAGGUCUUCAUCUGUUUUGGAUAAUUUCCCAGAGAGAAUAACGGCAUUACAUGCCCGAUCGCAGAGCCGGAGCAAGGGGGAAAUGCAGCACAGCGGGCGUUUGGCUGCAGGUGGAUGGCCAACCUGACGGAUCUAGCCACCGCUUCCCUCCCUUUCAGCAGCCGCAGCUGCAGCAGCUCUGGAGUCAUCCGGCGCUGUAAACCCAACUGAAAACACAGAGAUCAAAAUCAACCCGAGCCAUGCUUCCAGGGGUCGGUGUGUUCGGCACCAGCCUGACCGCCAGGGUGAUCAUCCCGCUGCUGAAGAAUGAGGGCUUCGCCGUCAAAGCGCUAUGGGGCCGGACGCAGGAGGAGGCAGAGGAGCUGGCCAAGGAGAUGAACGUUCCGUUUUACACCAACCGGAUCGACGACGUGCUGCUGCACCAGGAUGUGGAUCUGGUCUGCAUCAACCUGCCUCCACCUCUGACGCGGCAGAUCGCAGUCAAAACACUGGGUAUUGGAAAGAACGUCAUCUGCGACCGGACAGCAACGCCUCUGGAUGCCUUCCGAAUGAUGUCAGCGGCCCAGUACUACCCCAAGUUGCUGAGCAUUAUGGGAAAUGUGUUGCGUUUUCUGCCCGCUUUUGUUCGAAUGAAGGAGCUGUUAGAGGAAGGGUACAUCGGAGAGCUUCUGGUCUGUGAGGCCCAGGUCCACAGUGGUAGUCUCCUAGGAAAGAAAUACAACUGGAGUUGUGAUGACCUGAUGGGAGGCGGAGGUCUGCAUUCCGUGGGCAGUUAUAUCAUCGACUUGCUAACGUUUCUCACCGGUCAGCGCGCAGCAAAAGUCCACGGUUUCCUCAAGACCUUCGUCAAACAAACGGACCACAUCCGGGGCAUCCGUCAGAUUACCAGCGACGACUUCUGCACAUUCCAGAUGGCGCUGGAGGGUGGUGCCUGCUGCACCGUCACGCUGAACUUCAACGUGCCUGGAGAAUUUCGGCAGGAAGUCAUCGUCGUAGGUACGGUGGGAAGGCUAACAGUCUCGGGGACGGACCUGUACGGACAGAAGAACAGCAGUGGAGGCAACGGUGGGGGUCCUGAACUCCUGCUCAAAGACAAUACACCUCUUGAGAAUUCUUCCUUACCGGAGAAAGCCUUCAUCGACAUUCCGUCCCCGUAUCUCAUUGGAACAAUCCGCAUGAUCCAGGCCGUGCGGCAGGCCUUUGAGGACCAGGACGACAGGCGGACGUGGGACGGGAGGCCUCUGACAAUGGCUGCUACAUUUGAGGAUUGUCUUUAUGCUCUCUGUGUGGUUGAUACCAUCAAGAAAUCCAACCAGUGUGGAGAGUGGCAGAACAUUGUUGUGAUGAAGGAGGAGCCAGAGAUCAGCCCGGCCUAUUUGAUCAGCGAGGCCAUGCGACGGAGCAGGAUGUCCCUCUACUGUUAGCAUCCGGCUGAUUGGCUGACGAUAGCUGAACGCCUCAGGUGGCAGCUCAAAGGCUUGGAUCUUUAUUUAUUAAUGUUCUGGGUACAGUUAUUAAAAUCAUCAACCUUUCUUUUUUAAACUCUCAAAUCUGUAUUGCUACUGUUACAAACAGAGAGGUAUGAUACAGAGAGCUAUGGUUUCCUGAUACCCUCAGCAGUAGAAGAAAAGCAAUGUGAUCAAUAUUUACAUUUUAUUUAUAAGGAAGCCUUUCCUGUUUUUCCUUUUGACAUUAAACCUGUAAAUCAUACUGAUUCAUACAAAAAUAAGAUAUAGUUUGGAGGCAGACUAAGCAGUGAAAUUAAUGCUACUGUGUUCUGCUUGACCAUAAGGGUAUUGCGCCCCUCUUCCCUGCUUCUCUUCUUUAUGACUGGGUCCGGAAGACAACACCUUACACUGUGGGUCCAAAAUGUGGACAGCCAAGGAAGAAUGAUAGUCCCUUAGGUUAAAACUGUGCUGCUGUAUUGUCGCUGUAGUCUGAAGUACUUGCUAGUUUAACCAAGUGAAUGUUUUAAAAAAAUAUCUGCGUGCUUGAUAGCUUCGGACUGCUCUGUAUGCUUCCUCUUUGCGUGUGAAACAAGAGAGAAAAGAAAUCAAUAGUUUGGCUGGUGGGUUUUUUCGGAGGGGUCUACCUUCUGGUUUACGUAUGCAAUAUAUCCAGGCUGUACUCUGUGGUAGAAAUAGUUAAAAAUCCACCUGGAGCAAAGGGUUAAUACACUAUGGUUGGCCUUUAUGCAGUUAUAUUAGCCUUGUAUGAGUACAAGUCUUGUAUGAGUGGCCAGUGCUGUGAUGUUGUUCUUAUUUUCUUAUUUAUUAAAUGCAAUUUCUAUCGUAAUUAAGCAUGGCCAGGAAAUACACUGAGCUUGUGUUGUAUUGUUUACCGAGCCUUAAUAAAAAUCACUCUUGCACUAGGAUGCAAGUAAAUGCUGAGAAAUAUGGGUGUUAUAUCCCAAUUUUGCAAUGCAAUGGCUCACACUUGCAUUAAGCUACCACGCCUCAUGAAGCUUCUCUAACAUGCACAGUGAGAUGCAGGUUUGUCAGUUUGCAUCAUGCAUCAUGCAUCAGUAUGCAAGUUCGGUUUGGACCGACACCUACAGUGAGACUUGAAACAUAGCAUUUCUUUAAGCAGAAGUGUUGAGUGCAAAGGAUGGUGUUAUUCUCUGUUCCCAUGUCUGCGGCACUCUGGCCCAAGCCCUUUGAUUCCUGAUUGUUGUAAACAGAUGACUAUGUUUAUUGUGAAAGGUGUCACUCAUAGUAAUGACCCACAGAUAAUUAUUUCCUUACCCUUCAGUUCCCAUCAACUCCACAUCAUUAUUGUCAUUGUUUAGUUUUUGUUGGCCCACAAAUGCUGAUCUUGUUCACUCUCAGUGCUCUCAUAAAACCUGUUUCCAGCCAUGGCCGGCAGCUAUUUUCAUCACUAAUAGGUCUGAUAUACCCAUGGUACGGUUCUUUUCAGAAAUAGACAUCUAAAGUGAACCAUAAUCAGGAGAAACACAGCUAAAUGAGACUGAUUUUGGGUUUUCUUACAUGUUUGGAGCAGGGCAAACAUUUUAAAAAUAGUAUAAAAAAGACUGAAAACAAAACAGCUGAUCAUUUUUAGCUCAAUUUAGUCAGAUAUGAGGAAUUAGUGCAUUUGUUUGGGAUUCAAUUAGUUGACUACAUUAGCCAAGAGAGCGACAGAAGAAGAAAAAGACCAAGAGUGAGAACAAUCAUCAACAGUCAUCCAAUAUAAAGAGAAUUUUAGUGAGAUUUCAGUAGUGUUUAGAGCAUUUGUGCCACUAAUAUAACAGAAAAUCCAACUACUACUAGUCUGUUACUAUCUGUCACAUGAGAAAGCUAAAACACACCAUCAGGAAGUAUUCGCGAAUCCAGUUUGAGAUUUGAGGUUUGGUAUCAAUACAGGUGAGAGAACAGCACAGACCUACAGGCCAAAAGAUUGAUUUUUCUUUUUUAAAACACUCUCUGUUCCCGUGUGGUUUUCCAAACUGUGCUGAAAUACUAUCUAUGUAACGACUACUGAAAAUGUAUAUAUAAAAAUAGUACAAAACAACAAUAUGUUUUUGUCUAAAGAAAUAAACAAGUACUGUAUGUAUUUUAUUUGUAAAAACCAAGGAAAUGGAACCUAUUUCGAUGAGUGUUAAGCUAUUUAUUCUUUGCUUUUGCAGUGUGUUUGGGAGAUUGACAGCAGACCAAGGCCUUAGAUCAUUUAGCGUCUUUUGAAUUAUUGACCAAAAUUCUCUUCUUUUAUCUUGUGUUUAGCUGCAUCAUAAAUCAUACACUGUAACAGUAAUAUAGUCUCUAACAGUAUCAUUUCUGAGCCCUGUUAAUACUCACUGAAAGAGAGAAUCUAAAAAAGCUCUGAGUCCAACACUGAUAAGCAAUCACUCUGUAAGAUAACUCGGGUUACAUUAUUGCGUAGUAAGCACCUUAUCAAAUCUGCAUAUAGACUUUCCCCCUUUGUCUGAUUACAGCUUUCAUAAUAUUAAUGAUGUAAACCUACACACUGGAAUCCCCGCCUUUAAUAAAUGCCCCCUUUUGUUCACUGUUCUUGUAUGAUAGGCACACCCUGUAUAGGAAGAAUAAUUGUUCCAGCAUCCAAAGUUACUACAUGUGUUCAUCACAAUGUUGCUUUCUUUCCCUCUUCCAGCCUGUAAACUUACUUUGUUUCUCAGUGAUUUAUGGCUCUAUGAUGAAAUGGCCUCUUGUGUUGUCUGAAUAUAGUUAAAAUUUCAAUUAUUUGCUCUGAUAUAUGUAUAGGGAAUCUAAGGUGACAAAAAAGACAAGUCUGUUCCCUGAAUCCCCCUUUACCCCUAUGUUUGGUUUAGUCCACUGCUGAUCAUACCAUUUUCAGGGUUACAGAAAACAAAAGGUUCAUCAUUUGUGUUUGGCAGCUUCACCACCACCAUGCUUUUAAUGCUAUUAAAAUUAAUUAGUUACUUUAUUUAACAGUGCAUCAUAUUUCUUAUAGUUAGUAGAAAAUAAACUAUGUUCUUUCUUGUAAGCUGUUGGAAAUAAUAGGAGUUUACAGACUUAAAUAACUCAAAUAAAAUGUUACCUUGGUCUUGUCUUUGAAAACUUAAAUAGAAAUAUAGUCAUGACACAAGGCACUGUUCAGCAUACUCAAUUCUGCUAUAAUUUUACAGGGAAUGUAUUGUAAUUUAUUGAUUUAUUGUCUGGAAAUUGUUUUCCAGUGUUAAAGCUGUUUUAAAUUCUGUUUUUUUUACAUUUAUUAUCAAAUAUUUCUCUUGCUCAUAUCCCUCCCUUAGUCCGUUAUAUGAUUUAAGCCUGUGGCAACGUGCCGACCAGUGUUUCAUUACCCAAACACAGGUUUUGGCAACAGUGUUUAAGGAUUAUCUCACCAUAGACAGAGUAAUUUUAACUCAGCCUGAAUCCCAUGCUAAGAUUAAAUUAACUUUAUAUUUAGCCGCUCAGAGGGUGAAGCGCUCAACAGGGACUCAUAACAUUAGCCUAACAGAGUAUUUUCAAGAGUAAAACAUGGAUAUUCUUUCAGUUUGUGCUGGCUGGAGGUUUAUCCAUGUUCUUACAGCUCCUCCUUCUCCAUGGAGAUGCAAUUACACUGCUAAGCAGACACAUCCUCAGCCAGUUGCCCAUGGACUGUGUCGUUAGCGUCUGCUUUAAAUGAAGAAUAUUAGAAGACCAGAGGGCUUUUCAUUUAAGCAGAUACUUGGCAAAACAUGGAAACAUAAACAGGGGUUUAAUUUACCCUUUCUUUUCUGUCAUUAUGAAGCAGUGAUGCACUAUUCUGACAACUUUGAUGGAAAGGCUUUUGAGUGACACUCACCCCAGUUUCGUGUCGAGUCAAACAUUCUACAUGGCAUGGAGGUGCAUGGGCAGCAGUGUGAAACAGAUGAGGGAAUAUCUGGGUCUGAAGCGCUGAAUAUUUCAUGAGUGGAAUUUGAAUGAGCUGAUACAGUUGUGAGAGGACUUCAUACAUUUAAGAAGAAAUGUGAAUGAUCCUCUCUUCUGUCUUUCUAAAUGUUGAACCACUGAUGAUUUUAUUUAGUUUUUCUCUGAGUAAAAAGUAAUCCUAUGCUGCCCCAUCACUCAAAUUGUUAGAGGUGAUAUUAUGGUGUAUAGUUAGUGCAAAAGGAACUGCGGACAGUCAAGCUCAUGUUUCCCACAGUGCAAUGGACUUGUUUUAAUUUAGCUUGCUGCUUGUGGCCUACUAAGAAUAAACCGGCUUCAGAAAACGAACACAGGAGAAGCCCCCAGUUUCCACUUUGCACUGGACUGCCUUGUCAGUCGUGAAUAUGAAUUGCUUGUCGCUUUGCUAGCAUUCACAAACUGUUAAGGAAAGGCCUUCCUUCAUUAGGGGAGGGGGGCUGAAAAUUGUUCAUUUUGGAGAAGAAGAAGGUUCAAAGAGGCUCUUCCUCUGCCCUUGGAGACCGUUACUUAGCAACAGGAAGCAACGUUGCCAAAACUAGGUCCUGUCAAGGUUUUUUUUCACUUACACAGUAGCACACUACCCUCACCCCUCCAUGUCUACACCCCUCUUUUUCACACAUUCUUCCUAUACCUCUCAGCCUAUGUCUCUGCACUCUGGUCAAAUCUCCUGUUCAUUGAUCUGUGUUCUACAUUUCUUUCUCUGAAGAUCUGUUUUCUCUCCCUUUUCCCCCUUUCUCUCUCCCUCUUUCAUUCCAUUGUGAGUCAGGUUGAAGCCUGGAGGACAAGCUCACUGGUGCUUCUCCCCCUAAAACAUUUACUCUUUGCUUUAGCAGCCAGGACAGGAGUAACCAAGGCAAUCCGUUAAUAUAAACCAAUAACAGACAGGUACAGGUUGUGAAGGCCUUUCCUCUGCUGCUUUAUGUGCUCCUCCGUGUCUCGCUGUACCCUGAAAAUGUUCAAAGAAAAACAAAUAUCCACCUUGAUGCUGUAUUGUGUGACUUAUGUCCAAUAUUUAUUGUCAUUUGUGUAUGUUGUGGAUGCAUGGACCUCUGUAAAUACUGUAAUUGGAACUCUGAAAUGCAUAUUUAUGGGUCUUAAUCUAGAGAAUGUACUUACUGUAGGAAUUAUUUAUAUUUUCUAUCCAUUAAGGAUGAUAUGCCAUUUUCAGGAGUUCCUUCUGUGAAUUAAAACCCCAACCAAUGAGUUCUCUGGGUCCUGUAAAGUGUGAUGGUGCACUUUUGUUAAAUUAGCCCCCCCCCCCCACACCUUCUUUUUUUGAUUGACUGUGUGACUCCUGCCUCAGUGUUUUACUGUCUCAUCUCCCUGCACCAGUGUUCAGCAUUGAUUGAAUGUGUGUGUGUGUGUGUGUGUGUGUGUGUGUGUGUGUGUGUGUGUGUGUGUGUGUGUGUGUGUGUGUGUGUGUGUGUGUGUGUGAGCAAUAUGGUUUACGGCUUGUCUAAUGCUGCAGUUUCAAUAGAAUAAAAAAAAUAUGUACAUCCAUGA